AUGACGGACACGAAAACAACUUCCAAGACGGAUGUCUUAAUUAUUGGUGCCGGGCCAGCAGGCUUAAUGUUGGCGUUGUGGUUGGCUCGCCUCGGAGUGGAUGCCCGUAUCGUGGACAAGCGCACCGGCAAGGUCUAUUCCGGGCAGGCAGAUGGAUUCCAAGUUCGCUCACUGGAGAUUCUAGACAGCUUCGGUAUCGCAGAAAAGAUUUGGAAGGAGUCGAACCAUAUGAUUGAGGUCUGUUUUUGGAAUCCGGACGAAACAGGUCGUAUUCGCCGCAACAACCGCGUGGUCAACGGGAGGGCUGGCCUGUCUCGGUUCCACGAGGUUGUACUACACCAGGGCCGAGCCGAGACAUUCUUUCUGGACGCCAUCCGCGACUCCUACGGGCCGGCGAACGAUGACGUGCGUGUGGGCUCUGACAGCGGUGUCGAAUCGGGCCUGCCGAGACGGCGCCGAAUUGCUGUGGAGCGCAAGGUGAUGCCAACGUCCCUUGUGAUUGACGAACAGCAAGCCGAUGACGCAGAAGCCUAUCCAGUCACCGUCACGCUGCGACACUUGAGCGAGUCCGAGGCCACACCGACGCAGAUGCUCAGCAACGUGCAGGAUGGGCUCUUCCGGAGCAACCUUGGCCUGCCAGACGACGACUCCUUGCUGAAAGGCGGCAGCACAGUAGACGAUGAGCGGGAAGAAGUUGUAGCGUGCAAGUAUGUGGUCGGCUGCGAUGGAGCACACAGCUGGACACGGAAAACGCUUGGACCGGAGUUUGACAUGGUGGGCGAAAUGACGGACUACAUCUGGGGCGUGUUGGACAUUGUUCCGAUUACCGAUUUUCCCGACAUCCGCAACCGCACGAUGAUUCACAGCGCCUCCAACGGCAGUCUCAUGGUCAUCCCGCGCGAGAACCGGCUCGUGCGUUUGUACAUCCAGCUGACGGAGGUGUCUGUUGGCGGCGGACGCGUUGAUCGCUCGCAAAUUCAGCCUGACAUGAUCAUCAAGGCGGCUAAGAAAAUCAUGAGCCCGUACCAGAUCGACUACCACUACUGUGACUGGUGGACUGCUUACCAGGUUGGGCAGCGCGUUGGCAACCACUUUAGCAAGCUGAACCGAGUGUUCCUCGCAGGAGACGCCGUUCACACACACUCACCAAAGGCCGGCCAGGGUAUGAACGUGUCAAUGCAGGACACGUACAAUUUAGGCUGGAAGCUGGGUCUUGUGUGCAAGGGAAUCCUCCAGCCAGCGGUCUUGUCGACCUACGAACUUGAACGGAAGGCCAUUGCGAAGCAGCUCAUAGCAUUUGACCACCGCUUCUCGCGCCUGUUCUCGGGCCGCCCGGCCAAAGACAUCCUGGACGAGACGGGCGUCUCUAUGGACGAGUUUGCCGCAGCCUUCCGCCAAAGCCAUAUGUUUACAACUGCCGUAGGCAUCAAAUAUCAGUCGAGCGUGCUGGUCACUACUGCCACCGACAUCCCCCCAGAGGAUGUAACGGGCGACGAGAGCAAGAUACAUGCCGAUGUGCUGCAAAGCACAGCCCACAGCACCAGUGCACUGUCGGCGGCGUGCACUCUGGGCACGCGAUUUCCCUCGCACCAAGUCCUGCGGCAUGCAGAUGCGCGCCCCUGGCAGCUGCAUCACAAGAUGCCGUCCGACGGCCGACUCCGCCUAGUGGUGUUUGGUGGAGAAUUGUCAGCGUCGUCUCAGCAGAUGGAAAAGGUCAACAAACUCGGUGCCUGGCUGUCUGAUACGCUGCUGCCCCAGCUGCCUACGAUGGCGAUUAUGCCGGGCACGACCAAUCUCCACGGCGGUGGCCGUCCAGGCUAUGGACUUGCACCAGAGCAACCCCCGAGCAUUGUCGACGUUCUGCUCGUGUAUGCGGCUGCUCCUGAUCCUGGGAAUCCCGGCCUUUCUGGGUCUGCCGGAGAUGCAAUCGACUUCUUUGAUUUCCACAAAGCGUAUCGCCCAUUCGACCCCAAGCUCGGGCACGACUACGACAAGGUGUUUGUGGACCGGCCCAGCCACCACGACGGCGAUGGACACGCAUACGAAAACUAUGGCAUCGACCGCACGCGCGGGGCGAUUGUCGGUGUGCGGCCAGACGGAUACGUUGGGCUGGUGACGAGUCUAGACGCCGAGUCCGGUUGGCCAGAAGUGGCGCGGUGGCUCCUAGGAAUUCUGCAACCGCGAACAGGGCGGGAACAGGCCAAGUGA